CUGGAGGCCAAGAUCCGCGAGAUGGCGCUCCCGCUCGCGCCCCUGGUGCAGCUGACGACGGGGCGGGUGCACGCCGAUUUUCCCGCGACGCUGCUGGCGUUCUGGCUGCUGACGGACGGCCAGCUCGAGGCGCUCGCGCACUUCUACCACCAGCGCACGCCGUGCGCCUGGUCGGGCCACUACCCGUGCCCCGUGCCGUGGAGGUCGGACGUGCCGCUCGGGGCCAAGAGGAGGCGGUUCGGGAGGUUCAUCGGGCUGCGCGGGUGCGAGAGCCCCGCGGCCGGGGGGUGCGGAGGGGCGGUGGCGAGGUUGGGGUAUGGGAGUGAGGAGGAGUUUGUGGAGGCGGCGAGGAGGGCGAGGGAGAGUGAGGAUGAGAUGGAGAUGUUUAGGAGGAAGAUGGGUUGGUAUUGAGUUCGUUGGGGGGUUGCCAUGUCGUCUUUGACUCGUUUUUGUCUCUCGCUUCGAGGGUGUCGUUCCCGUGGUAGAAAGCAUGGGGUUUGACAGGGUUGCUAGAAUAUAAAUCAAAGGUUCUGAUGUUGCCAUCUUUCCUAGACCCAGACACAAUCCAUGGAAUCGAUUUGGGUGCUUGAUUUGACCACUUAGCCUUGGG